CUUCCGGUUUGCUUAGAGAUAGUAUCUAACAUACACAUCAUUGUAAUUAAAACCAAAGGCUUAUAAUGGAGAAAAUGUAUUUUGUAAUUUUUAUGAUUACAUGCGCUGUCUUUGAAGCCACCGUGAUUGGGUGUCCUUCUUCGUGUAUCUGCACGAACACAGAUGUUAGUUGCAAAGAAAGAUCUCUAACAACAGUCCCAUUAGACAUUCCAACUUCAACAAAAACAUUGAAUUUGAGGAACAAUAACAUUACAAGGAUUGAUGCCAACUCAUUUAAAGGAUUGUCGGCGCUUACAAAAUUGGAUUUGGAGAACAAUAACAUUACAAAGAUAGAUGCAAACACAUUCGCACGAUUGUCAACGCUUACAGAAUUGAAUUUGAGGAACAAUAACAUUACAAGGAUUGAUGCCAACUUAUUUAAAGGAUUGUCGGCGCUUACAAAAUUGGAUUUGGAGAACAAUAACAUUACAAAGAUAGAUGCAAACACAUUCGCACGAUUGUCAACGCUUACAGAAUUGAAUUUGAGGAUCAAUUACAUUACAAGGAUUGAUGCCAACUUAUUUAAAGGAUUGUCGGCGCUUACACAACUGUGA